AUGACUUUCAAAAAGAUCCGCUGCUCCUUGGCCGACUGCAAGGCCGAGGCCCAGCGCAUCGUAGGUGACUGCUCCUUUUGCGAGGGCCACUUCUGCGGCAAGCACCGCCUGCUCGAAGACCACAAGUGCGAGGGUCUAGAGGAUUGUAAGAAGGAGUCUCAUGACCGCCUCGUGGCCAAGCUGGAGAGCCAGAAGACGCGGGCUGUCAAGGUUAUUUGA